GACGCGUCGGCCUUGAGCCAACGAAGGCCUCCGCCGCGGGCAGCUACACGCCAUGUCGAGGCCCAGUAUGGCCCCUCCUGGGGAUCCGACGCAGAAGAAGCAGCGUAUGAGCUCAAUGGCGCCUCCUUCAGCGCCUCAACACGCUUCAUCGAGCUCUUAUGGCGCUUAUGCACCCCCGAGCGUACGGCGACAGUCCAUGGCGGCGAGUGGCUCGAUGCCGAACGCAAGCGCACACAGACAGUCACUCGCCCCUUCGCAGCCGUUUCAUCAACCGAGCGGAGGCAAGAUGCGCAGAUCAUCUAUCGCUCCUGAGGGCUAUGGCCGUGCUUCGAUGUCAGGUGCAGCAUCACCGUACCAUGCUAGUGUAGCAGGCGCGCUCGGACCGAACGGAUUGCCGCUCGGGCUGAUGGGUCAUCCUGGCGGCUUGCAAGCUUUCCUCAAUAGCGGCAAGCCGGCAAGAGAUACGCGAGACCUGCGUUCCGUGCAAGCCAGGAGACGCAUCGAGAGUGACGUGUACAACUUUCUGCAAGAACGCAACUACGAGCAUAUGAACAAGGUCUCGCUCAAGAUGCUCACUGGCCCGACUUCCAGAGAUUUCUGGGAUAUCUUUCGCUUCAUCUGGUCGAUCUACGACCCAUCGACGCUACCCUCCACUCCUGCAGCACACUUUCAUACGACUCAUGAAUGGCACAAGGGUAUGAAGACUGGCUCCGCAAACGGUGUCAAAUGGGAGGACGAGGCAGUCUACAUCAUCAAAGGAUCAGGCUAUCCAUUUGCAGAGCCUUUUAGCAAGAGCCAUCUGCAAGCUCCCGCUGCUAUGCAUGUCUGGCCGAUGAUGCUCGGUCUUCUCGAUUGGAUUAUCAAGACUAUCCGAGGGAGAGAAGCCGCUUUUGGAGGCUAUCCCGAGCUUGUCAUCAAUCCGGCUCAUGUCGAUGACCUCAUAGCCGAAGCAAGACAGUCUUCGGGUGAUACAUCCAAUCUUGCAGGCGGAGAGGACAGAUCCCAGCAUUUUGUACUACUCGAUCGGCCGCAAGCCAAGCUUGAAUUCUGGCACGAGUAUCUGCAGAGAGCAUACCCUCUCUUCCUGGCAAGCGACCAGUACGAUCUCGAGCCCUACAAGCAGCAGCUCGAAUCGCGCUUUGAGGCGUACAUGGAGCAGGGCAGAGAAAGUAUCGCAGUCUUGACAGAGUCGAUCGAGAGGCUGCAAACGAGUGAAGCCUCUGAGCUAGCCGCAGCACCCAAAGUGGACAAGCUGCAGCUGGAAAGUCAGCAACUGAAGAAGGAUCUCGAGAAGAUGAAGCAAUAUCGCGAUGAUCUGAGUCGCAAAGUCGAUAAAUUUGCAACAGAGAUUGUGGACAAGGAAGCAGCGCGCGCAGCAGCAGAGGAAGGAGAACGGCGGUCACGCGAGGAAAGAGAGGAAUUGGCACGACAAGUAGCCAGUCAAGGCAUCUCGGAGCAAGAGGCGCUUGACAUCUUCUCGGAGCAAGAGAAGCUGGCGGAAGACAAAAGGCAGACCGAGCAGCGUCACGCCAAAGCUUCUCAAGAUGCCUAUGAGGCCGAGCUCGCGCAAACGAAGCUCUUCGUUCGAGCAGAGAAGCUGAUUCAGGAUUACACCUCCAAAUUGACUCAUCUCAGUCUUUUGCCCAUUCCGCCUGAGCACCUCGCCCAUAUCGACUUCCGUCAGGAGCUCAACGGAUCGGCGAGCGAUGCAAACGAGAUUGUGCCAAACUGUACGACUGUCAUUCGGCCCGUGUUAACGAAACUCCGUCAAGACACGAUUGACCAGAGAUUGUCGUUCACUACACAAACGGCUGCACUCGAGCCAAAGACGACGGCCAUCUCGGAACAGCUCGAUCAGCUGGCAGAUCUGAAUUACCGCGCAGAUGCCGAGUAUGAGUUGCUGCAGCGGGAUCUUCAAGACGUCAAAGAGUCUACGACCAGCGAGAUGACAAAGACGCUACAAGCUAUCGAGAGCGUGCAGUGGCAGGUCAAUAAUCUGAAGCAUCACAUUGCCACCGGCAAGCUUGCGCUCGAACAGAAGCUUCAAACGCUCGAGAACGAGUACGUUGUGCAGCUUGCAUUCAGUAGCAUACCUCAUGCAGUGAGCAGGCAUGCCAAUCUGAUCAAAGACGUCGAGACGAUCAAGAAGACAAACGAAUCUGCUUUGCAAGACCGAAUCAUAGAGAUUCUGGCAGCAAAGGAAGAGGCUGGGCAAGGUGUACUGAAGAUCUUGGCGUCCGCUUCUGAGCCUGUAGCUCUUGCAUAGGUGUUGUAACGGGCUGUAAUACAUACAACAUGUGCUGUGCUUGCUCUUUUGCG